CUUUAAGGCCUACUAGUUGGCCCUGGACCCCUGGGUGAGAAACACCGCCAUAGAGGAGCUGAGUGGACCCCCCCAUUAAAAGGCCAGGGACACUGUGUUUGUAAUUUCACUGUUUCACCCAUGCAUGUCUCACUUUUCCUCCUGCCCAGUAAACUGACUAUUCAAAAAAGAUUUUUAGCCAUUAAUGUCAUAUCGCUGUCGGUUGCCCUGUUUGUUGUGCAGUGAUGAAUCAACAUCACAUACGUUGCGAUAUUUAUUAUGUAUUUUUAACCUAUUGUAUGCAUCUUCGUUCGUUUGUAUUUCUAGGUUUAGCAACAGUGACUGUGGGUAAGGAUAGGAAGUCUUUCAUGACUUGCAUUGUAUGAAAUACAGGAUAUAAAUAGGAAGUUACAACCUUGAGUGUCUAAUCUUCUUUGCAGCUUGUCAGUAUCACAGAUAAAUGGCAAAACGACUCAAUUCUGUGGGUUUAGAGGUUAGCCUUUCCAGGUCUCUCUCUCUCUCUCUCUCUCUCUCUCUCUCUCUUACCCAUCUUGCAAAUGAGAAUUUGAUUUUUCUCUCAAAGAAAUUCCAUUUCUAGAGAUUGAGGAUGUUUCAAUGCAAAGCCCAGAUGGUCUGAAGCUUUCAUCGUUUCUGAUAAAGACCCUGCUCAUACUUUAUGCGAGAGCAGUGUGUGACCACCAGUCCCAGCACCAAGGAAGAGCAUCGACCCACACAGCACAGCGCUUUACACAGAAGAGGAAGCAGAGCACCGAGCACCAAUCCGCCUCACGUGACGCUCCUCCCCCGAAGAUGGAAGAACUGCUGAAGCACCUCACCGAGGUGAGCAUCCGCCAGCAGCAAAUCAUGGAGCAUAUGGCCUCCCGGCAAGAGGAAACAAAGCGUGAGCUUGCCGCGCUCCGCAUCGCCGCUGCCCAGCAAACUCCGCUACCUGACCACCGUGUCCAGGCGACGCAGUUGCUGCCGAAAAUGACAGCGCAUGAUGAAGUAGCGAUGUAUCUCCAGAUGUUCGAAACCGUUGCUGUGCGGGAGGCGUGGCCCAAGGACGAGUGGGCACGGAUCGUAGCCCCGCUCUUAACUGGGGAAGCGCAACGGGCAUAUUUUGCGCUGAUGCCGGAACGAAGUGCUUCCUAUGAAGAGUUGAGGAAGGAGAUCCUCGGCCGGGUUGGAUUUUCACCGAUCAGCGCCACCCAACUCUUCCACGAGUGGACCUUUGACCCGCAGCAGCCGGCCUGA